AUGGAUUUGCCAACAAUAGGAGACAAGCUGAACGGCGUUCGUAAUGGUUUCGGUUCCACUUGCGACCGUUUAGGACUUCCUCGCUCAUCACACGCUUUGCGUCAAUUAGAUAGUGAAGACCUCCAAAAUGUGUCCCUCGACCUGGUCUCUGCACUGCGAAACAUUCCAGACCUGCGAAGGCGACCGUCUCUGAACAAUCGAAAAAGCCUAUCGAGUGAUAUCUUGAGACUUAAUUCUGCAAUCAGCUCGGACGACUUCGAUAGCGAUCGGCUCAUUUCAUUGCUGAGUGCCAUUGUGAACGAAGAGUCCGAUGAUAUAAUCUGGAGCAAUCUACAUGCUGUUCUGGUCGAAUCUACCCCUACCCCGCGCUCGCGACCUUUCCUAGGCCAAAUUUCCUAUUUACAUACUACCAGUAGCUUCGUCAACUCUUCUGAACAACGAAAGCAUGUAGAUGCCGUGCUAAAAGAAGAGCUUGAAUCAAUCUACAUCGGCGUACAAGGCUUCUACGAGGCAUACUUCGGUGAUAUUGACACCUUGGAAGAAGCAGGGGCUACUGUAUUCAGAAAGUGCCAGGAAGGAGACAACCCCCUGUUUACAGUAGACGGGUGGCGGGACUGGCCAGAGGGCGCCAAGGAGAGGGACGUUCUGGAUUGGCUUUCUGCUUGGGUCAAUCAGAUCCGCGGCGUUGCGUCUGAAGAAGGUUUUGCUAUAAAUUCGCAACGUACAGUUCUAGCUCAGCCCGAUCGACCAUUGGAAGGGUCUAUAGCCAACCGCAAGUUGGACAUCGACAUUGUGCGGAAUUCAGACGCGAGUCGGAACCACCAUUGGUCGGAUAUUCUAGUCCUCGGGGAGCUGAAAUGUAACCCAAAAGAAGAUUCAUCUUCGAAGACGUGGCGUGAUCUAGGUCGUUACGCGAGGGAGGUUCUCACUACCCAAGAUACUCGCCGAUUUGCCCUAGCUUUUACACUAUGCGGGUCUACUAUGCGACUGUGGGAGUUCGAUCGUGUGGGGGCCAUUGCAUCGUCUCCCUUUGAUAUUAAUAAAGAUGGUCUCCGAUUUGUUUCAACUAUACUGGGAUUUCUUCAAAUGAAUGAUAAUCAGUUAGGAUAUGAUCCCAGUAUCAAAUCCACCUCGGAUGGCAGACAAUUCAUUGAGAUCAUACGCGACGGACAGUCAGAAUGUAUUAGUCUUGAUAGUCUUAUGAAACGCUCCCCGUGUGUCGCGGGCAGAGCCACGACUUGCUGGAAAGCUCACCGUGAAGGGGACGAGGCAGAUGCAAGUGCGCCACUCGUCGUCAAAGACUCAUGGCAGUAUCCAGAACGAGAAGAGGAAGGUAAACUGUUGCAGGAAGCGACAGAGACAGGGGUUGUCAACGUAGCCAGGUAUUACUAUCAUGAAACCGUUCAAGUAAAUGGAAAAGUCGACGAUAUUCGCGAUAAUGUUCGCAGGGGACUCGAUGUGGCCCAGUCGACAAGUCACAGAUUGAUACGAGGCUCCUCCGCUGCGAGUGACACAGCCGAUGCAGCAAGAAUCGGUCGUUCGACAAGCAGUGUGGGGCACAAGAGAUCAUCCAGCCGGGUUGGUGUAGCACUACCACCAAGCAAACGAACUUGCUCAAGCUCACCUUCUAAAGGCGGAUAUACUUCUACUUUACAGAAUCGGGUACAUCGUCGGGUUAUUAUUCGCGACUACGGUACGCCGAUCCACAAAGCAAGAUCACGCGUCUCUAUGCUUUCUGCCCUCGAAAACUGCAUAAAGGGCUACGAGUCAUUACAAACAAAGGCGGGGUUUUUACAGGGUGAUAUUUCGACUGGGAACCUAAUUCUCAACGAGGAAGACGGAAACCCAUCUUGGCCAGCGUUCCUAAUUGAUUUGGACCUGGCGAUCAAUGAGCAGCGAGAGCGGCCUUCUGGUGCUAGGGGGAAGACAGGCACAAGGGCGUUCAUGGCUAUUGGCCUGCUUCUGGGUGAGAAGCACUUUUUCAUGCACGAUUUGGAGUCCUUCUUUUGGGUUUUGUUUUGGGUUUGUAUCCACUACGCCGGGCCAGGUGAACAACACAGGGUAGUGCCUCGGUUCGACAAGUGGAAUUACGCCGAAACGAAAGAACUAGCCGAAAUUAAAAAGGGACUUGUUGUUGACGAGGCCGAUUUCAUCGCACUUGCAACGGAAAACUUUGCUGAGUACUACAUGCCUCUAAUCCGCUGGGUCAACAAGUUACGCAAAGUAGUCUUUCCAAGCGGUGGUCGGUGGAAGAAGGAAAACAAAGAACUCUAUAGACAGAUGAUGGACAUUUUACAGGAGGCUAGAAGUGACGAGAGUGUCGUUGCUGGUACGUGA